CCAACGUCAAAUUUGCCUUCAAAUUUGGAUUGUUUCGAACAACGAAACGGCCAAAGGAAAGGCAAAGCAACAAGCAAGACAGCGAUGUCGGAUGCGCGACAGGUGCGCAUCGUCCGGUCGCCAAACGGCCUCGGUCUCGUGGUAGAUGGCCGCGAUGAGACCGUUGUCACCUCCCUACAGCCACACGGCCCGGCAGAGUCUGCUGGCGUGCGUGUCGGGGACCGCAUCGUGAAUGUGAACGGACACAACGUGUUGCACAAGUCACGGCUGGAGGUGGUGGAGAUGAUCCGCACCAGCGGUGACACCGUCAACCUGGGCCUCCUCUACUCGCCCGAUCUUUUGCAGACCCUUCACUCCUCCAGCGCACACACGUCCCCUGUCAAGCGUUCCCCCAUCCGCAGGCAUGGCACGCUUGCCACCAGCGACGCACGGCCGCGUUUCAGGCAGGCCACGCCACGAUUCCGCUCGCGGGCUGCCACCACAUCCAUCGCCGCAGCCGCUUCAUCUGCAGCGUCGCCGCUCAGCCAGGGAACGCGUGCAGGUCGUGGUGGACACCACCAUCAUCACAACCGCCAUAGCCGUCCGCUACCACCAGCACCGCUGAAUGCACAGAUGCAGCUCGUCACCCCACCCCAACACCACCAACACCAACAGCAGCGGCGGCAGCGGCAGAAAAUGGGCGGGCGGUCGCUGUCGCUGUCAAAUAUGGCGAGAAAGGGCACACCAGCACGUCCAGGCACACACGCACGCGCGCGCACGCAUGCCCAGUCACAACCACAGCCACACGCACACGCACACGCACAGUCAGCGCAGUCCCCAACGUCGCCGUCAUCACCCGGCUCAAAAGCAGCAGGGGCGCGGACAGUUGCGCCGACAACAACGGCAGCAGCAGCGCUGUCCCCGCAGGGGUUUGCAUCCACCAUUGGGCGCUCAUCGUCGCUCGAUCCACGCGCCAUUGCGUUUCGCUUCAACACCGCGGCACCACCACUGCCACCACACGGCACAUCAGCAUCACCACCAUCGUCAUCAUCCCCGUUGCACUCGCAACCACAGUCGCCAACGACGCCGACGACACCAACGCGUGCCAUGCCGCUGCGCUCGCCUGCCACGCCCACCAGCCCGUCACGGCCCCAGCGGGACUUUCAAGGAGCCUAUCUCGGGGUCUGUCCGGUCCUCCGCACGAACGAGGACCGCGCGUGGACGUUUCUGGACGUCGCACACCCGGUCGCCAUGCUCCAGCAUGCGCACGCAAACAAGCAGAGCAGGACGCAAUUGUUUGACAACCCGUACCAGUAUCUCGACCCCGACCUGCAGAACGGCACGCCAGCAGGCAUGAGAGAUUCGCCGCAUCGCCUGCUCACACACACGCCGACAAGCCGGUCCAAGUACACGUCCUUCAACGAUCCAAACACGUGGACGACGUUUUACAACGGACAUCUGCGCCUGACGCUGUCCUCGCUGUCCUUUGUCCACCGCAACGGACGAUUGCGCCACCUCUGUUUUCUCCGCGCGGUCGCUUUCGUCUCUCUGGGCCCCGAUGGCCGGUUCAUUGUCGUCACGCGCGGGUCCGCCGGAUUCUUCUGCCACCUCUUUGAGGGCGACGGGCCGACGAUUGUGCCUGUGAUUGAGUCGUAUGCGCACAUGCGCGAUGUGCGCACGGCGGGAUGGACCCGCUCGUCAGCAGUCGACAUCGCCCCGUCGCCUGCUGUGCUUGGUCGCCCGAAUCUCUCUCGCUUCUUCGCUGCAAAGUCCACGCCAGCACUCAACACAUUCACAUUCACACACGACGACGACGACGACAGCAACAACAACAUCGGAGGUGGCUCUGCAUACGAUGAUGCUGAUGAUGAUGACGAUGAUGAUGAUGACGGCGUGCAUGUUGCAAGCGCUGCUGGUGUUAGUCGUGGUGAUGCGAGGGCGAGAGAAGCACAUGAGCAACAAGCGCAACAGCAGCAGCAGCAAGGGGUGGAGCACACGCCUGAUUAUGAUGUUGCGAACAGCAACAAGCUCGCUGCUGCUGUGGAUGCCGCCGGCCGCCGCCUGGCAAAGGCAGGCAGCGCCCGCACCAUCUCAACCACAGCAAGUCGCCCCUCGCUCUACGAUGAACGACACACGCUGUCAGCGGAGGAGGACGGGGCGCUGUUUGAGUAUUGCGCGACCGCCCGCCACUGCCUCUCCGAACGCGAUGUGCUCGUGCUGGAGGACGAGAGCAGGGUCGUGUUCCGGUCAGGGUUCAUCAGGCGCGCAAAGGUGUCACGGACGGACUGCUGGGUGCGCUGCUAUCGCGGGACGUCCAUGAAGAGAGACAUUGUCACUGCCGACGACAACGUGAACCAGUAUGCGAUGACGCUGCGAACGAUGCUCGCGUCUCUGGAGCGGUUGAAGGUUCUCAACUCGGCCUCCCUCUGCUCAUUCGUCGGCGCCGUCAUCUCACAGGCCACGGGACCGCUGAGUGUGAGCGUCGUGUACGACCGCCAUCAAGGGGAAACGCCCCUCUCAAACGUCUUGCGUCAUGCAAGCACACCUGCGUUCCUCACGUCCGCCGCGGGCAGACUCAAGCUAGCGAGCGACGUGGCGACUGGCGUGUGUGCACUGCACGAUGCCUCGAUCGUGCACGGGUGCAUCUCAUCCCACGCCGUCCGCGUCGACCCGGCCGGAUGCGCGCGCGUGUGCGAUUACGGCGUUGCUCCGCUCUUGCUCGAGGCGACGGAUGUCUCACUGCUGCGCUAUCGUGCGCCAGAGGUGGUGCUCGACCCAAACACCGCAACAGCCGCGGCAGACGUCUUCAGCCUGGGACUGCUGGUGGUUGAGGUGCUUGAGUUGAAGCACCCGCUUGCCCACUGCCGCACAUCGGAUGCGUGUGCAAACGCCGUCAGGAACACGUCGCGUCUCGUGCGCGCACCCUCGCCCCUCCAACCGGAGUUUGUCAACUGCUGGAAUCAGGAUCCACUCUCCCGUCCGUCCGCACUGGAGGUACAGUCCUUCCUCACAGUCGCAGAGGACGCGGCAGCUGCUGCUGACUCAACAAAAAUGGCAGCGAGAGGCGCGGGUGCAACGGGCAAUGCAUCGACACGUGUUGGCACAUCACUGCUCGACAGCACGCAGACGUCCGACCCAUCGUCCGCGCUCGGACAGGUGUUGUCGGAUGUGGCAUAUCUUCAGGAUGCUGGUCGCCGUCUGGCCUAUCCCCAGCACAGGCGCUCGUCGACCGCCAGCGAUGCUUCAGACUCGUUCAAACAGUUGUUGGCUGGGAAGGACUCGAGUGAUCUCUUUGACACGACGCUGCCGGAUGUCUCGCCCAUUCGCCCGCUCGAAACGCAACUCAAGAAACCAGAGGAAGGCGGUGGUGAUCAUGGUGCUGAUCAUGAUGCAACGCACCGUCGUGAUGAUGCAGGAGGCGACCGUGGUGGUGACGGCGGUGCACGGAAAGCACAUGCGUCGUCAUCAUCAUCGUUGUCCAUGCGUGGCGAUCGCGAGCGCGUGGUGGACGAGUCUAUGCCGUCUGAUGAAAGCAUGCUGUCCUUCCUAAACGCGAGCGCGUCGCAUUUAGUUUCGUCUGCUGUCAAGCAAGGCGUGGACGACCUCGUUCACUCGCGCACACGUGGCUCGCAACGAAAGCGCCAGUCACCGCCUCGCUUCUCCUUUGAUGAAGACCAGCAGCACGCGCAACACGAACAAGACACAUCACAGCAGCAACAGCAGCAGCAGCAGCAGUCACAACAACAGCACCACCAACAGCGCACGGCGUCUGUGACUGAACCGACUCCAACCCCUGCCACCAGUCUCAUGCACAGAGCAGUCGUGCAGCGGGGUCGUGGUGGUGAUGAUGAUGGUGGUACUAUGGAGACAGUCAAGGAAGCGAAGGAAGCUGAACGCAUCGAAGAGAGUGCCAGCAACAUCGACAGUACUGGCAACGGCAACGCUGUUGAUGAGCGCGUGCGUGACGCGGGUGCAAGUGGAAGCAAUGUGGCGGCGGCGCUGACCCAACGGGAUGUGCAGUCAUCACCAAACGAUGCCAACUCCAGUGGCGAGAUUUCGGCGCGUGUGAUGUCGCUGGAGAAGGACCUGACUGCCGUCAUGUCGCGCGUGCUUGCAGGCAGCCAGCCCGACGUGUCGUCAGCGCGUCGUCGUGACAGCAGCGGCGAUGGUGCUGAGGGCUCUCAAGGUGGCGCUGCUGUUGCUGAUGGCAAGCAACAAGAAGAAGACACACGGGGUGAAUAUAGUACGGGAGGCGAGAAAGGCAAAGACAAACAACAGCACCAUCAUCAACAACAACAACAACAACAACAACAACAACAGCAACAACAACAACAACAACAACAGCAACAACAGCAACAACAACAGCAGCAACAACAGCAGCAGCAGCAGCAGCAGCAGCACGCUGUGCCUGCAAGCAACCGUCGGCAGCUUGAAGGCCGCGUGGGCGUGUCCGUUGACGGUCCUCUGUUGCCCAUCCCAUCCGAUAUUGCGCAGCCGGUAGCAGUCGACGAAGGCGCGCAUGCAAACGCAAGCGCAAACAACAGUCACGCUGAUUCCAGUGUUGAGGGCGGUGCACGUGGUGUUGAUGUGGCUGAUGUGAUGGACGUAUGGCAGAAGGAAGGCGGGGCCGAGCAAGACGCAGUGACAGCGGCACCAUCAGCAACACAUGAUGGCGUGGCAGCAACACAUGACCGCGCGGCAGAUGCUGAACCAGUUGUGACCGCUGUGAAGGAUGAUGACGAAGGCAGGAAGAGAAUACAGAACAGCGACGAGCAACAACAAAACGACAGUGCUGCUGCUGAAGCAGAGGCUGAGGCAUCUGAAGGACAAACGGCGACAGCCACAACACGUGCAAGCGCACCUGCUUCUGCUGCAGCCGCUGAUGCAAAUGAUGACGACGAUGGUGAUGACUUCUUCUCCAUAUUGCGUAAAGCAAAGGAACAGAAGGAGGAAAAGGACCUGACAUGGAAUCCGCUGGAUGAGGUUGAUCUCGCUGCCCCCGAGCACGAAGGCGUCGUCGGUCCGCGGCGUUGGGCGCUCUCCUUCGAACACCUCCUCGCUGAUGAGCAGGGACUCGAUUGCUUGCAAGCAUUUGUGCGCGAUAUCCUCUGUGAGGAGAAUGUUCGUUUCUGGCGCGACGCGCAGGGCAUCAAGUCCAUCCCCGACGAGGAGGUGCCUACUGCUGUUCGUCGCAUUUACAACACGUAUUUCCGCAAGGAGGCGCCACUUUGGCUCAACAUUGAGCCCAAGAACCGCGCGCCAGCGGAGAAGGCGCUGGAACAGGAACACCCUUCACGCCACUGCUUCGUACCUGCACAGAAGGAAGUGUUUUACCUGAUGAAGAGGGACACAUACCCAAAGUUCCUUGACUCAAAACGCUACAAGAAGGCAGUGAAACGUUGGGAGAAGGACAAGACUGCAGCUGGAGCGAACCAGCAGCAGACGACGUCCUCGGUGUCCAAGAACACACGCGCGUCAUCAUCGUCGUACUCCUCCGCCACAACAGCGGCAACAGCGGUUUCAACAACAUCGUCAGCAGCUGCAGCAGCAGCAAGUGCGUCUGCAUCAGCAACGUCUGGCCGGAAGAAGAAGAGGAUUGUGUCCCUGUUCUCGCGCAAAAAGGGAAAGAAGAAGGACUCGCAGGACUCUGUGGACGGUCCUCAUUCGCCCAUGACGCAACGAAAGCGGUCCUCCCUGUUCUCCGCUUUUGGACGCGGAAAGCGCCAUUCGUCUGCGCUGGAGGCGCUGGAAGAAUCCACCGUCUCGUCUGCAACCACAUCCGCAGUGCCCCAAUCAGACACGACUGAUGGCGGUGCCAACUCGACCUUCAACCAAUCAGAGCGUGACACCACGAACGCGACAACAGCGGGCAGUGGAGAUGCUGAUCAUGACACGGUAAACGACACUGCACCUGCAGAUGACGCAAACAUGCGCACAACAACAGCAGGUGGCGCAAAGCCGGACGGAGAGAGCGCAACCACUGCUACCAACAGCACUGCUGGCGAUCAUGACCGUGAUGGCACUGAUGGUGAUGGUGAUGGUGAUGGCGAGAUGGACGCGACGAUUGUGUCGACGAUGAGGACGAGUCUUCGCGAUGAACAGCAGAGCAACGGUGUCGUGUUCCGCAUAUGCUUCGGAAACGACUACAAGUCUGUGGUGAAGGCGACCGCGUACAUGCCGCUCGCCGCUGCCAUUCAGCCGUUUCUUGACAAGUGGCAUCUCGAACGCCAGCUCAUGUCCCUCUACGAGGCGGACACGGGUGCUGUGCUGCCGUGGGACGAGCCGUGCGGAAUUGUGCAGGGCAAAGAAAUCAAUCUUCGGCGCCGCCCGAAUCUGCGCAUCGCAUUUGAGGACGGCAGCUAUUCACAGAUCCCCGUCGACGAGCACUCCACCGUCAGGCAGGCCAUGGCUGCUUGCUUUGACAAGCGCGGAUUGCCAACAGACGAGCAGCACAUGCUGUCGUGGACGGUGCUGGCUGCUGAUGGCGGUGCACGUACCGUUUCACUUGAUGAACACGCACACGCGCACUGUGACAGCGGUCUUACGCUGAAACGACAUGCACACAGCAGCAGCAGCAACGCCAGUAGCAGUGGUGCAGUGACGUCAGCGAAUCAAGAAAGCGACGCGAGGGAUGUUGGUGUGGCACAAGGCAACGGUGGACCCGCGACCAUCACCACCACCACCACUGGCAUUCAACAGCAGCGACAUUUGAACGUGUCUGUGCAGCCUGAUGAUGUCAGCUUCGUGUAGUCGUGGACUGAUGAGUGCAGCAACUUAUUCAACGUGUGUGUGUGUGUGUGUAUGUAUGUGUGUGUGUGAUGGUUCAGCUACGUUCAGGCAGAAAAUCCCUUUCCAUGUUUGUUCAUUUUUCCCGCGCGUGUGCAUGUUCACGCGCGCGCCAUACCACUGUUUCUCCUCAACCCAGAAUUGUAUUCAACAAGAACGCUA